UUUACCUAUAUUUGACCACGCUUUGAGUUGAACGAAAGGCUGUCUUACCGGUAAUAAAACGUUCUUUCUGUUGCCUCUGCAAACAUGAAUUAUAAAACACGGGCUGCAACGAAAGAAGACUGCAAAGAAAUAUCAAGAAUGAUAACGGAGUUGGCAGUCUUUGAGAAGAUGCCUGACCAGGUGAAGAUAUCUUAUGAAGAGCUGGAGCGCGACGGUUUCUGCCAGAAUCCUUUCUUUGAGUGCCUCGUUGCAGAAGUUCCUGAGGAGAACAAAUCUAAAGAAGGAUACACAGUUGUUGGAUAUGCUGUUUACUUUUACACGUACAGUACUUGGAAAGGACGGACUGUAUACUUGGAGGACCUCUAUGUGAUGCCAGAAUUCAGAGGAAAUGGCAUUGGCAAAGGUUUACUGAGCAAAGUGGCAGAGAUUGCAAAGAAGAAGCAGUGCGUGCGGCUUCAGCUGUCUGUGUUGAACUGGAACGCCCCUGCUCGGGACUUCUAUGCUGCUAAAGGAGCUCAGGAUCUCACUGUCACUGAAGGCUGGCACUUCAUACGUUUUGAUGGACAAAACUUGGACAAUUUAGCAAAUGAAGCACCAAAAGAUUGAAAGUUUGCUGAAGAAAAUGUGUCCAAUAUUGUUAAUGUUUUUGAUUGGUAUAAAUGAUUUGUUUUUAUAUUCUGUGGGGCCAAAAAUAAGCCAUACAAUCUUGUCAGUCCCUAAACUUAAGAAGGUUAUGUCUAAGGAUUUGAAUGCAUGGAAUGCACAGUAUUGGAUUUUUGCCAAUUUUGUCAAUAUUUCUAGACUCAUCUUAGCCAGUAGAGGUAUCGUACAAAUAUCGGUAUAAAUAUACAUACCAUUUUUGUAACAAAGUCCCUCCUGUACAAGAAUGUAUCUGUUACUCUUAAUGUGACUGCCUGUUUGCUGUAGACAGAUGCAAAACAGGAUUAUAUUUGAUUUUUUUUUUUUUUUUUUUUUUUAGGAAUAAAUGUGAUGUUUUCAGAAAGUGACAUUCAACAAUGUAUAAUCACAUAUUAAUUUCCUUGGAUUACAUUUAAUAUAAAAUUAU